UGUGUUGCUGAAGAUGGCGUGUUGUGGAGGAUGUUUGUGUUGUCAAUGCUGCUGCAAUGAAGGCGAAACAAGAACACCAGAGGAGCUGACAAUACUCGGUGAAACCAGAGAAGAUGAUGAUGAAAUAUUGCCAAGAAAAGACUAUGAGAGUUUGGAUUAUGACCGGUGUAUAAAUGAGCCAUUCUUGGAGGUUUUGGAAGGGUUGGACAAUAAGAAAGCCAGAAAAUAUGAAGCGAUAAAGUGGAUUUUAGUCUUCGCAAUUGGAGUAUCAACAGGACUGACUGGCCUUUUUGUUGAUUUCUUUGUGCGGCUUUUCACUCAGCUGAAGUUCAGCGUGGUUGGACAAUCUGUGGAGGAAUGCAGUGAGAAUGGCUGUCUAGCUCUUUCAUUACUGGAGCUGCUGGCUCUCAAUAUGAUGUUCGUGUUCAUCUCCAGUGUUCUGGUGCUCAUUGAGCCUGUUGCAGCUGGGUCGGGUAUCCCUGAAAUUAAAAGUUACCUUAAUGGAGUAAAGGUGCCAGGAAUUGUGAGACUGCGAACCUACAUAUGUAAGGUGACGGGGGUCCUGUUUGCUGUUGCUGGAGGAUUGUUUGUUGGGAAGGAAGGACCAAUGAUUCACAGUGGAGCAAUAGUAGGGGCAGGACUUCCUCAGUUUCAGAGCAUCACCUUCAAGAAGAUCCGCUUUCAUUUCCCCUAUUUCCGCAGUGACAGGGACAAAAGGGAUUUUGUCUCUGCGGGGGCAGCAGCAGGAGUUGCGGCUGCCUUCGGGGCACCAAUAGGGGGCACACUCUUCAGUCUAGAGGAGGGGUCAUCCUUCUGGAACCAGGCUCUCACAUGGAAAGUGUUGUUCUGCUCCAUGUCUGCCACUUUCACUCUCAACUUCUUUCGUUCUGGGAUCAACUUCAGCAAAUGGGGGUCAUUCCAGCUGCCCGGCCUGCUCAACUUCGGAGAGUUCAAGUGUCCAGAUGGAGAUAAGGCCUGUCAUUUAUGGACAGCAGUAGAUCUGGCAUUUUUUGUGUUGAUGGGGGUGGCAGGAGGUCUGCUCGGUGCUCUGUUCAACUGCAUCAACAAACGGCUCGCCAAAUACCGCAUGAGAAACGUCCAUCCCAAAGCAAGAUUCAUCAGGGUGUUGGAGAGUCUGUUGGUAUGUAUGGUGACCACACUAGUGAUCUUCAUGUCUUCAAUGACUCUGGGAGAGUGUCGAGAUUUGGUCUCCAACGUGAAUAACAACACUUCGACACAGGGGUCCGUAAAUGAAGAAGUCAACUCAACCAUACGCCGAUUCUUCUGUUACAACAACACGUAUAAUGACAUGGCAACCCUUUUCUUCAACCCUCAAGAAGUGGCAAUUCACCAGCUCUUUCAUCAGAAUGCUACCUUUAGUCCGGUCACGCUCUCCCUGUUCUUUGUGCUGUAUUUUUUCCUGAGCUGCUGGACGUACGGUGUGUCUGUCCCGAGUGGUCUGUUCGUCCCAUCUCUUCUCUGUGGAGCCUCACUGGGACGCCUUGUAGCCAAUGUCCUAAAAAUUAAUUUCCACAUGCAAAUCUAUUCGGGGACCUUUGCUUUGAUUGGAGCAGCUGCAUUCCUCGGAGGUGUGGUCAGAAUGACCAUCAGCCUGACAGUCAUCUUAAUAGAAUCAACCAAUGAGAUCACUUAUGGACUUCCCAUUAUGAUAACACUAAUGGUGGCCAAAUGGACAGGAGAUUUCUUUAAUAAGGGAAUAUAUGAUAUUCACAUUCACCUGAAAGGAGUUCCUCUGCUGGAGUGGGAAACUGAAGUGGAGAUGGAUAAACUGACAGCCAGUGAUAUCAUGGAGCCCAACCUGACAUACGUGUAUCCUCAUACCCGCAUUCAGUCACUGGUCAGCAUCCUGAGGACCACCGUCUAUCACGCGUUCCCUGUGGUCACCGAGAACAGAGAUAACGAGAAGGAGUUUAUGAAGGGAAAUAUCCUAAUAAGCAACAAUAUCAAAUUCAAGAAAACCAGUGUGUUGACGCGUGCGGGGGAGCAGAGGCGGAGGUGUCAGUCGAUGAAAUCGUACCCAUCCAGCGAGCUCCGUAAUGUGUGUGAUGAGCAUGUGGUUGUGGAGCCGACAGAGGAAGGCCAGGACAUCCUUCAGCAGAUGCUAGAGAGGAGACACGCGCCAUACCCAAACCUCUACCCAGAUCAGUCACCCAGUGAAGAAUGGACCAUGGAGGAGAGGUUCAGGCCGCUCACCUUUCACGGGCUCAUCCUGCGCUCACAGCUUGUCAACUUGCUGAUCCGUGGCGUCUGCUAUGCUGAAAACCAGUCGAGUGCCUCACAGCCACGGCUCUCUCAUUCAGAGAUGACUGAGGAUUACCCACGAUUCCCUGACAUCCACGAUCUCGACCUGGCCCUUCUCAACCCACGCAUGAUUGUGGAUGUGACGCCCUACAUGAACCCCUGUCCGUAUACAGUCUCUCCAAACACACACGUCUCCCAAGUAUUUAAUCUUUUCAGGACAAUGGGGCUUCGACACUUACCUGUAGUCAAUGCAGUAGGAGAGAUUGUGGGAAUAAUCACCAGGCAUAAUCUUACCCAUGAGUUUUUAGUCGCUAAACUGCGACAGCAUUACAUCACAAUAUAAGACUCCACUGGCACCCAUCUGCCAUCGAACAGCCAAGCUUGAGUAAUGGCUGACUGGAGCUGGGAUGAGCUGAAGACUGAGCUGAGACCAUCCUCCCAAGACCACCUUCAGACCUGAACAGCGUCUCCAGGUCCAAUCCUUAAGUCAUUCCUUGUCACCCUGUGGACUGCUAGCUGGAGUGCCUGACCCGUCCAGGACCACACACACAUACACAAACACACAACACUAAUGCAGGUAAGGUACAGUUAAUCCACACUUGUUCAGUAAAGCGUAGUGAUUUUUUUUUUCUUCUGACGCUACCUGCGCUUUACCAACCUCACUUUAGCACUUUUAAUUUUGACGUCUCAGUUUUAAAUUCGUGGACCAUUUGCUUUUGCACAAAGAAUGAGGUAAACCACUGACCAUCCCUGAUCAAACUAUUGUUCUUUUUUUUGUUUUCCGAAGAAGUAAAACGUUUUAAAUUCAUGCAACUUGUCUUUUUUUUUUUAUUAUGUCAUUAUUAUUGUAGUAAGUACAUUUCAUCAUGUUUCUGUACUGCCCAAACAAUAUCUUUUUUGACAUUGUUUAUGCUUAUUUAUGUUAAAUAAAAUUAUUACAGUAAUACACAUUAGUAUUAUAUAGUAAAAUAACACCUUCAUAAGUCAAAACCACUGUGUAUUUGUAUAUCUACACUACCUGACAAAAGUCUUGUCGCCUAUCCAAGUUUUAGAAACAACAAAUAAUAAAUUCUACUUGAUCAUUUGGUAUCAGAAGUGGCUUAUAUGAAAGGCAAAGACCUCUAGAUUACGCUUAUUUUACCAAAAUAAAAUAUGAUCAUGCCUUGAUUUUAAUGAUUUAAUUAGGACAGUAAGGUCUGACUUUGCUUAGACAAAAGGCUUGUCACUUAACAGAAAUAAUGUACAGUAGAAUAUAAAGUCAUGGUGCAGUGGAAACAGAGUAAAUAUUGUGUCUGACUCCCAUGAGCUUGGAGGACUGCAUUCAUACAUCUCUGCAGUGACUCAAAUCACUUAUUCAUAAAGUCAUCUGGAAUGGCAAAGAAAGCGUUCCUGCAGGACUCACAGAGUUCAUCAUUCAUCUUCAAUGCCUCCUUCAUCUUACCCCAGACAUGCUUAAUAAUGUUCAUAUAUGGUGACUGAGCAGGCCAAUCCUGGAGUACCUUGACCUUCUUUGCUUUCAGGAACUUAGAUGUGGAGGCUGAAGUAUGAGAAGGAGCGCUAUCCUGCUGAAGAAUUUGCCCUCUCCUGUGGUUUGUAAUGUAAUGGGCAGCACAAAUGUCUUGCCUCAGGCUGUUAAUGUUGCCAUCAACUCUGCAGAUCUCUCGCAUGCUCCCAUACUGAAUGUACCAUGAUUUUUCCUUCACCAAACGUGACUGAUUACUGUGAGAAUCUUGGGUUCAUGCGGGUUCCAAUAGGUCUUCUGCAGUAUUUGUGAUGAUUGGGAUGCAGUUCAACAGAUGAUUCAUCGUAAAAAUCUACCUUCUGCCACUUUUUCAAAUGAUCAACUAGAAGUAUAUAUAUAUAGGGAAAAAACACAUCGUAAAUGUGGCAUUAAAGAAAUUAUAAGUUUUUUUAAGAAGUCGUCCAUAAAAUGUAUGCAUUCACUUUUGAUUAUUUUUAUAAAGGGAUUUUUCACCCCAAAAUGAAAAUACUGUCAUCAAUUGCAGACACUUUACACUCAAAAAAUGACCUUUGCUUGUUCAGACUUUUUAAAUGACUUGAAACGACACAAUUCUUAAUUGUUUUUGGUUCAAUGUACUUAAAUUUGUAAAAAACUUAGGUUGAUUUAAGCGAUUGGUGUUCUGUGGAUGGUCUGUUAAGAGUUUCUCUCUUACAUUCUAAACAAAAGAAGAUAUUUUGAAAAAUGUUGGUCACCGUUUACUUUUUUCCCUACUAUGGAAGUUAAUUAUUACAGGUUUAUCUUUGUGUUCAACAGAAUAUAUAAAGAAACUCAUAAAAUUUUCACUUGAGAGGGUGUAAAUAGUGAAUACAUUUUCAUUUUUGUGAUGAACCAUCCCUUUAAGUCAAUCCAUUAUUUUGGUAAUGCCUUAUGUCUAUUGACAAGCUAAAACGCAAUAUAAAAUGAUUUCAUUCCAGUGUUUUUGGCCUUUACAACAAAUGUUUUUCUUGUUAUCCUGGGCAUUGUUAUUUCUUUUUAGUGUUUUAAAGUGCAUUUGGAGUUUUGCUCAUUCCAUAGAAAUGCCCUGACAUUCUUGACAUCGUUCUGUCUGGGAAGAAAGUUCUCAGGGUGUGUAUGUUAUCGUGAAUGUAUCGAACCACCAGAAUAUCGUUAAAUUACAGGGAUUUAUGCUUGUUUUUGUAAAAUACAGUAACAUCUGCUGUAACUACAGCCGUGAUAUCCGUAUCAUCACUCAUCUGCAACUUGGGACUUGUACUAAAUAGUAUUAAAAGAAAUGAGUGCACAUUUUAUACUACACAAUCCUUAUUUUUAU